AUUCCCAAGUUCUACAGGAACCCGGGGAUCUAUCACACUGGUGCGUGGUGGCCUAUUGGGAGGAGAAGACCCGCGUGGGGCGCCUGUAUUCGGUCCAAGAACCUUCCCUGGAUAUCUUUUACGAUCUACCUCAGGGGAACGGCUUCUGCCUCGGACAGCUCAAUUCGGACAAUAAGAACCAUUUGGUGCAGAAGGUCCGAGCCAAGAUCGGCUACGGCAUCCAGUUGAGCAAGGAAGUCGACGGAGUAUGGCUUUAUAACCGCAGCAGUUAUCCGAUUUUUAUCAAGUCGGCCACACUGGACAACCCGGAUUCCAGGACGUUGUUGGUUCACAAGGUGUUUCCGGGCUUCUCCAUCAAAGCGUUCGAUUAUGAGAAGGCGUACAGCUUGCAACGGCCCAACGACCACGAAUUCAUGCAGCAACCUUGGACCGGUUUCACGGUGCAGAUCAGCUUCGUGAAAGGUUGGGGCCAGUGCUACACCAGACAGUUCAUCAGCAGUUGUCCGUGCUGGCUGGAGAUUAUUUUUAAUAACCGAUGA